GUGUGUGUGGGGGGGUGUGGGGGGGGGGUGUGAGGUGCUGGUGAGAUGCCGGAGUUGCUGAUCGGCGGAGUUGCCACAGUGUUGCCACCUCCUCCUUAAAGGAAACUCCUUGUUCCACAAUGUAGCGAAAAGAUGGCGGAAACGGCCGAGGCUGACGUCAGAGUGCCCCGAAGAGCGGCCAGGCAGCAAGAAGGAUCAGCAAUGGCGACUGUGGAGCGGAGACUACCCAGUCCGGAGGCGCUGGUGGGACAGCCCUGGACCCACUGGGUUGAUGCCGCCAAACACCAAGGGGCGGACGGCACCGAAUUGGAGGAAACUUUUAAGGAGUGCGGGAAAAACCGCGAGGUCAUGCGGCUGAGCAGGGAAGAUAUGCCAAUAUUUGGUCACUGCCCAGCACAUGAUGAUUUUUACUUGGUGAUGUGUAACCAUUGUAAUCAGGUUGUAAAGCCCCAGGCAUUUCAAGCACAUUAUGAAAGAAGACACAGCUCAUCGAGCAAGCCACCUUUGACUCCUCCAUCAACUUCUUCGUACUCUUUUCCUUCGACAGUCUUGAAAAACAAAAGCGGCAGUGAUUGUGGAAGCAGUCGCUCCUCUAGUGGAAAUAGUGCUUCUUCCAACUCUAAAAUACAGAAACCCCCCAAAGAUAAACUACACAUCAGUGCCAGUGGUAUGAACAGACCACUUCACCCGAUUCACCAUGGCAAGAUGCACCAUGAUAAAAACAUGACUUCAGUGGUCAAAGCGGAGAAGAUGCAUCCUAAUGUGAAGAUUGAUGGCACAUCAUUGAAAAUGCCGCCAAUUCCUAGUUCCACCACUGUGAAUCCUUCAUCAAAGCCGGACGCUAAUUGUCCUAUAAUACCAAAGGCACCCUCCCUUGGACAGAUACCAAAUGGUAAAAGUCUUCUGUUGAGUCCUUCAUCCUCAGAAAAGAAACUUGAAGAUACUAAAAGCAGCAAGAAGUCCUCUUCUCACAAACGACUGUCAGAAAGAGAGUUUGAUCCUAAUCGACACUGUGGUGUUGUUGACCUUGAAACUAAAAAACCAUGUACAAGAUCUUUGACAUGCAAGACACAUUCCUUGAGCCAGCGGAGAGCGGUACCAGGUCGUAGGAAACUCUUUGACCUUUUGUUGGCUGAGCACAAAAACAAACCCAGGGAAAAAGAAUCGUACCGAAACUCUGAGCAUCAUCAGCAGGCACCCCCUCUCAGGGAACUGCAUCCCUCACCAUCGAAAUCUUCCCAGGAAUUGCACCAGAAUUCCCAUGGAAAUCUUACAUCGGAUGUAAAACAGCAGGUGCCUGUCAAAACCAAACCUCACAACUCUAGUCUUCCAAGGAAAUUUGCAUCUUGUUCUCAAACCAGGAAUCUUGCUGUCUGCCACAAGUCAUACUCUUCAAAUACUAGGCUCACAAAUUCAUCACAGAGCGGUAGCAACACCACUACUGACUGUACACCAGUACAUGAAGUUUCACACCCCUCAUUGCUGGCAUCAGAGCCAGUGUCCAGGUUGUCCAGCGAUGAGGGAGAAUGUGACGAGAAAGAAGAAUCUACGGAAAAACUGGACUGCUGCUAUUCUGGACAUCACCCUCGACCAGCAGCUUUUUGCACCUUUGGAAACCGCCAAAUAGGCCGAGGCUGCUUUGUCUUUGACAGGCGAUGGGACCACUUUCGGUGUGCACUUAGCUCCAUGGUUGAAAAGCAUCUUAAUUCACAGAUGUGGAAAAAAAUUCCUCCUGCAGUAGACAGCCCUGUAUCAGCACAGUCAAAUCCACAGAGCGCUGGCAUGCACUCCUCUCCAGUGCCACAUUAUAGUGUGAAUGCUACAGGCUUUAUUUCCCCGACAUCAAUGUCAUCAUCAUCUUCAUCAACGCUGAUGACAUCUCCAGUGUUGGUUUCUUCUCCAUUUACAUCAUCCGUUGAAAGUAAAUCCGUGUUAUCGUAUGGGACUACUCUAAAUGCUCACCCUGCUGCCUUGGGCGUCAUGGACCCUGCUUAUUGUAUGCAAUCUAGACACGUGUCUUCACCCUCUGCGAUGCCUUCUGGGCUUCCUUCAGUUCCCUCACCUGUAUUUAAUAAACCUCAAAAAAUGAAACCCGGCAAGUCUUUUAAACCUAAAGAUCCUUCACUUACCAGCAGUAAUUGUAACAGCAACAGUAACAGCAGCAGUUCUGGAAAGAAAAGAAAAAAUAGUUCUGCACUGCCACUGCAUUCAUCCUCUGCUCAUUCCACAGAGUCUCUGAAGAAAAACUGUGUGAUGAAUUUUGGGAACCUGGGGACCUCUUAUCACUCAUCUGUCUCAUCUUCAUCUUACAGCAGUGCAUAUAAUGUUGGCCAUAACUGUACCAACAAGAUGAACUCUUUAGGUCUCAAACACGACCAAUCAGGGAGGGGACUUCAUGUGGGGACCCCUGCAGAAUCGAUUAAGCGGAUGAGUGUAGUGAUGAACAGUAGUGACUCAACUCUUUCGCUGGGACCGUUUGUCCAUCACUCAAACGACCAGACUGUAAAUUCACACGGUGGCUUUUCACAUCCACAUACUCCACUGGAAAAGCCGGAAGGGAAAAAGCGGAAAAGCACGCCAGGUUCAAGCACCAUAAACAGUGGUAGCAAACCGAACAAGGUCGCCAAAUCGCCUAUGGUGAACAAUGUUCACACAAAACAUGCCAGCAUGAUCCCAGGAACACCGGGACUUUCCAGCAAUUCUCUUCUACAUCAGCCAAAGGGUAGACCCUGAUAACCGAUGCUUCUGGGGAAAGAAACUGGACAUCCUUUGAUAAUAAAAAAAAUAAGACCGGCGCUCUGAACUGCAAGAGGCCUUGGAGUUAUCUCAACUUCCCUUGAUCCUCAGGUCUGGAAGUACUGUGUAUAGUAGAAUUAACGCUGUAUACAGUUUCUGAAGCCACGUUUAUGGAAAUGCCACCCUCCGGAGUUACAUGAUAAAUCAAGAGUCGACAUGGGACGUCUGGAUGAAUUGUGGCCACUGUAACUGUUCAAAUCAGUAUUAAAUAUUGGGUACGUUGAUAGAAGAAUGACUACUGAUCUAUGAGAUUUAUGCAAGGGGUGGAGUUUUAAAACUAUUUACCACUGACAGAUGCAUUUGCAGAGCAGCAGAUUUGAACUCAAAACUGCAAAGAAUUUAAACAUAGGUAUAAUUAUAAUGAUAAAUUUGUUUGAAAGCCUUCUUUCUUUAAAGACGGGGCAUUUUUGUUCCAAAGCCCCUUGACAUCUACUGGAAAUUUGUAUCCAAAACCAUAAAUAUUUAAUUUUUAUCAUUA